AUGUCCCGACCACAACUCCAAACCCGCCCCUCCAGCGUCGUCGCACAGCGCAAGACAAUCAUCCUCGUCAGCGGCGGCAACACAGGCAUCGGCUACGAGAUCGUCAAGCGACUCGCCAGCGACAACCCCAACAACCAGGUGUUGAUGGGAUGCCGCGACACGCACAAGGGUGAAGAAGCCGUGGCGAGCAUGGGCGCCCCCAUCAACGUCAACCCCAUCCAACUCGACAUCACCGACGACGAGUCCAUCGAGCACUGUUUUCUAGCCAUCCAGCAGCAUUUCGGCAGAUUGGACAUCCUGGUCAACAACGCCGGAACCGCCGCGCAGACUCUGCCCCCGGACGCCACCCUGCGGCAAAAAUACGACCUCUGCAUGAGCGUCAACGUCACCUCGACCGCCGUCCUCACCGACAAACUGGUGCCACUGCUCGAAAAGUCCGCGUUGCCCAAAGUCAUCUUCAUAUCCUCCACCUUGGGAUCCUUACAGACCACAUUGGACCGUGGAAUCAUGUAUAAUGGUCCCUGGUAUAACACGAGCAAAUCCGCCGUGAACGCGCUCGCCGUGUACUAUGCCAAGCAGUACCCCAAAUGGAAGGUCAACAGCGUGUGUCCAGGAUAUCGUGCGACGGGGUUGAACAAUGCAGAACUGAGUGAGGACAGACAUCCGAAGUUGGGAGCUGUGAGGGUGUCUGAGUUGGUUGCUCAAGGGCCCGACGGGGUGACAGGGACGUAUUCGAGGUCGGGCAGUGAAAUACCUUGGUAA